CCCGUAUCACCACCACCCAGUUGUCCAUAUCUUCAAUCCUUCUAUCCAACUUAACGGGCGUAGUCUUCUCAAUGCACAUACCUCCCAAUCACAAUGUCUCUGGCUGACUCAUGCUGUACCUGUGCCACGCUCCUCUCGGACGCAAAGGUGCCCUACGACCCUCACUCCGAGAAGUCACUGCUGCAUCAUCGACAACUGGAUUGCUGCUCCCGAUUCAUAUGCGCGACGUGUCAGUAUAAGAAUCCCCGGUUUCAGGCCUACUGCCCAUUCUGUCAGAUAUCUUCCGGCCCGUCUGCAUUACCUAGAGAAGGGCUCCGGCUGCCGCCCUCAUACACCAAGACUGCGGCUUCAAGGGGUUCGAGAAGGGCGGAGUCGCCACCACCUUCAUAUGAUGAUUCGAUAGCACCUAGGCGGCUGCCAGAGCAGAGUGCAGGCCCGCCAGCGGACACUGACGAUACAGUUCACUUUGUGGGGUCUGAGGACUCGUUACAGUCAUUGUCGCUGGCGUACAAAGUGCCCAUUCCCGUCCUGCGACGCUACAAUAACCUCUAUUCUGACCAGCUCCUCGCCGCUCGCAAAUGGAUCCUCGUUCCGAAAUCCCACUACACCGGCCCUCCUUUAUCCACGCCACCGGAUGCAGAAGAGGAAGAACGCAAGACAAAGUUGCGGAGGUGGAUGAUCGCCACCAAAUGUGCGGACUAUAAUGUCGCCCAGCUAUACCUCAAAGGCAGUGACCAUAAUCUGGAACUUGCCGUGGAGGCGUUCAGAUCAGACGAGGAAUGGGAGAAGAGUCACCCGCUGAAAGGGAAGGGGAAAGAGAGUGAGAGGCAUAGACGACCAUAUGGAACGGGCGGGAGUAUUUCUGGGCAGCUGCCAUGACACCGUUGAUGCCUUUCGACGAAGUGACGACCCAUUGACGAGAAAAUAACGCGGUGCAACAAGAUAUGCCUUCUCUGGUCCUCUCACGCAUGCCGAUUCUUGCAUCUGGACAGAUGUGGUCGUUCCAGGUAUCUAUCUACUCGGUCCCAGAAGCUCUCAAUCGGUGUUGUCUUUACAGUGGGCUGGCGAUUGCGUGUUAUCCUGGGACUUUUCAGUUCCUUGCAAUGAUCCCUGCAUAUCACCGGCGAGGCCCCUGAUUCAAGACGUUCGAGGGCGAUGGCGGCUCCUGGAGGCUUUUGGGACGUUUGGUUUCUCGGCGGGUUGGAUCACGAGAAGAUCUCGCCACGACCAGAAUCUUAAAUCCUCUAUCUUACCAUUGCGGUCCGCAGCCAAGGGUGGCUUUGGCUUUGUCGCUAUAUCCCUCUGCCUUCCCGAUCUCGUGUCGGAACGACCAAUCCUGCGCUGUGCUCUGGCUUCGGAGGAAACUUCGGUCGGGAUGUGACUGCGAGACCAGGGUCGUAUGCAGACUAAGCGGCGUUUCAGGCGCCCAGACGACAACGCGGUACUCCAGACCUACUGUAGCUAGUCCAAGGCUUCGCAAAGCAUUAUUUGUAGCUCCUGCGCCGAGUACAGCU